AUGGCCAUAUCCAGCGUGAAGCUCAACGACGGCAACUCUAUCCCCUGGUUAGGCUUCGGUACCGGCACUGCUCUCUACGGCAAGGACUGCAAGGAUAUUAUCUCAUCCGCGAUCCAGAGCGGCUUCACGCAUCUUGAUGGCGCGCAAGUCUACCGCAAUGAGGAGUGGCUGGGCGAGGGUAUCGUCGCCUCGGGCAAGCCGCGUUCAGAGCUCUUUGUAACCACAAAAGUUCACAAGAUGACACCUGGCCAAACCGUCCGCGAGACGCUCGUAGAGUCACUGAAGAAGCUGAAGCUCGAUUAUGUCGACCUUUUCCUCAUUCACUCUCCUGUGAACCAUCCCGGGCAGCUCAAGGAGAAAUGGAAGGAAGUCGAAGCUCUCAAGAGGGAGGGCCUCACCAGGAGCAUCGGUGUCUCGAAUUUCAGGGUCAAAGACCUGGAGGAAAUCAUGCAGGGCGCGGAGUUCGUCCCCGCCGUCAAUCAAAUCGAAUUCCACGCACAUCUGCUCAAGGACUCAACCGCGUUGCUCGACUUCCACGCGAAGCAUGGGAUCGUCGCGCAGUCCUACGGAGGUCUCUCCCCACUAUUCCGGGCCAAGGGUAGCGCGGUCGACCGUGUGGUAGAAGAUAUCGCGAAGGGAUGGUCUAAGGAUGCAGGAAAGACGUUCAAUGCUGGGCAUGUUAUGUUGAAGUGGUUGCAGCAGAAGGGAAUCGUUGCAAUUACAACGUCGACGAAGGUUGAGCGCAUCAAGGACUAUCUCGCCGUAACCGAUGCGCCCGAGCUCGCGAGCGAGGAGAUCAAGGCGAUAGAUGAUGCGGGCUCGAAGGAGACGCAUCGGCACUUCACGACAUUCUGGCCGUCGGACGACGCGGUACUGUGA